AUGGAUAUCCUUGGUUACGACCACGGUCUCCCUGACCUCGAUCUUCCCAAAAACAACGACAAGGAUGCACUUGGACAACAUAAUGACGUUCAAAUCGACUCGCCGCAACAAUGUUCGAGCGACUUUUACUACUCGGCGCCUGUGCCAGUCACGAUACCAGCCUCUUUGAUGCCCGUUCCUAGUGUUUUGCUGGAGAACCCGAUGAACUUGAUCUACAUUCACUAUUUCGUUAAUUACACAGCCAACGUGCUGGUAACUCACCAAUGUCCAUCAAAUCCUUUUUCGACAAUUUUGCCGCAGCUCGCCAUGCAGGAUGAUAAUCUGUUGCGGCUCUUGUUAGCCUACGCCGCUUGUCACAGGGCUCGACUUUUGCGACAUGCCGAGCCCAAGAACCGCAUCGCGACAUGGGUCACGCCUGUGUUUCCUUCUUUGCGCGUAGCGCUUUCAGGUAACGAGCCUAUUACCGACUCAGCAUUCGGAUCUUGUGUCAUGCUGGCCUCUCUCACUCAAUCAUAUCCUUUGGCAUUCGACUUGCCGAUCUCCUGGCAGGAGCAUCUUAGCUUGGCGCGGCGUUUGUACAGUCUCCGACUUGGUCAGGAAGGUCUCCAACGAACCAAUGCAACCAUCUUCUUCGGCAGGUGGUUUGCUUAUUUAGACACUUUCGGAAGCGCGAGCAGUGAUACUUAUCAAGGCGCCUACUAUGAGUGGUCACGCGAGCUCAAAUUGGCAGAGCAAAGACCCGAACUCCAAUGUCUGGCCGGCUUCACCAACAAAUCACUAGCCCUAUUAUCGAGGACUGCAGAAUUGGCCAAACGUUGCGACUACGAGCGGCGCUUGCUUGGACAACCUGCAAUCCAGACAAUAACCAUGUCCCAGCAAUUGAGGCUGAAUCUGGAACUCUUUACCCUGGAGAUCAAGCACACCCGUUACGACUGCGCCUGCUCACAGUCAUCGACAUCUUCUACGGAAGUCUAUCGUGCUGUCAACGCUGCAAUCAGUCAUGCCGCGUUGAUCUACCUUCACCGCCGCGUCUACAUGCUUCCGUCCGAGUCCCGUCUGGUGCAGUUCUCAGUCAAUGCCAUUCUGGAAGCCUUCAAUGAACUUAAAGGAUACAACGCAUUCGACACUCCGGAUAUCAUCUUACCUCUGUUCCUUGCUGGCUGUGAAGCAAGAGAUCCUGGUAAAGCUGUUGAUGUGCUGCAACGCCUGCAGAGCAUUGAGAACGCCGGUAUGGGACAGGUUGUCCGUGUCAAGGCUUUGCUACAGGAAUGCUGGGACACCAAAAGAGACUGGACUGAACUCAAGCACAAUGUGCUUCUUGGCUGA